CCGUCCUCUCAGCUUCCUUACAGCACCCCUGCCUGCUGGAGCCAAGCCUUCCAGGGCCCUGCCUAACUCAAUCCACUGGCUGCAGAAGUUUCUUUACCCCCAGUGAGAGGACGGGCAGAUCCAGGACUCUUGAGAGCUGAGGGUUGAAGGCAUUGAACCAACGCAUAAACUGGUCACCUCUGUCCCCGAAGAUUCUUGCACCCUCCAUGCAGAGCCAAGAUGGGGAACGGAACUGAGGAUGAUUAUAACUUUGUCUUCAAGGUGGUGCUGAUCGGCGAGUCAGGCGUGGGGAAGACCAAUCUGCUAUCCCGGUUUACGCGCAAUGAGUUCAGCCAUGACAGCCGAACCACCAUCGGGGUCGAGUUCUCCACCCGCACUGUCCUGCUGGGCACCGCUGCUGUCAAGGCUCAGAUCUGGGACACAGCUGGCUUGGAGCGGUACCGAGCCAUCACCUCGGCGUACUAUCGUGGUGCAGUGGGGGCCCUACUGGUUUUUGACCUAACCAAGCACCAGACCUAUGCUGUGGUAGAGCGCUGGCUGAAGGAGCUCUAUGACCACGCUGAGGCCACUAUCGUUGUCAUGCUCGUGGGUAACAAGAGUGACCUCAACCAGGCCCGGGAGGUGCCCACUGAAGAGGCCCGCAUGUUCGCUGAAAACAAUGGGCUGCUAUUUCUGGAGACCUCAGCCCUGGAUUCCACCAAUGUUGAGCUGGCCUUUGAGACUGUCCUCAAAGAGAUCUUUGCCAAGGUGUCCAAGCAGAGGCAGAACAACACCCGGACCAAUGCCAUCACCUUGGGCAGUGCCCAGGCUGGGCAGGGGCCAGGCUCUGGUGAGAAGAGGGCCUGUUGCAGCAGCCUCUGACCUUGGCCAGCCCCCACCGUGCCCCGCUGGCGUUUUGAUGCCCCCCCCACCCAGCUCCAGGCCCUUUCCCUGCCCUGGGGUCCCAGAUGUCAGAGUGGCUAGUUCCUGCCUCACAGCCCCACAGAGCUGAGGCCUCCACGCCCCCACCACGAAUCUCUAUUAUCUGUCCGCUCCCUCACCGAGCCCUCAAAUAAAGCUGUUUUGUAUCAAUG